AUGACGAGGUUGAGAACGAGAGCAGCGAAGUCGGGGGUGCGGGUAGAUUAUCGUGAGCAAGAUCAGAACUUUCUGUAUGAGGUUGAGGCAUCUUCAUCAGAUGAGGUGGACAUCAUCAAGGACGCGACCGCGACGUGGUUGGAGGACGAGAAAGUGGAGCUGGAUAUUACACUGGACUCGGAUGCCGAGGGAGAUGCCGAGCUUGAUGCCGAGCUUGACAUGAACCGUAGGCGCGCCGAGAAGUCUGCGGCAGCCGCUUCAGAAGACGCCCAGGACACAGAAAAAGACCUUGACGCGUAUGCCGUGCAAGAGCGCGUCGACCGGCUCCAGGAGUUUGUGCGCCAGAGCAAGGUGUACUCAGGCAUCAUCGCGGACACGCUGCUGCACCGGGCCCAGGAGCGCCAGAGCGAGCAAGCCAGUAGUGCGGCCGCGCCAGGGCCUGCGCGCAAGAAGCCGAAAACCGUUGUGGAAUUCUUUAAACGGUCGAAGCAGCAGCCGGCGGAUGAGAAGCAGCCCGAGCCUUCGAUCCAGCAGCCCACGCUGGUACGUAAUUGCACGCUCAAACCGUACCAGGUAGAAGGUGUCAACUGGCUCAUUACGCUAUAUGAAAAUGGGCUUAAUGGGAUUCUGGCAGAUGAGAUGGGGCUGGGAAAGACUAUUCAGAGCAUUGCAUUGCUUGCAUUCAUUUAUGAGAUGGAUACCCGGGGUCCAUUUCUGGUUACAGCGCCGCUAAGUGUCGUCGAUAACUGGAUUACCGAGUUUGAGAAGUUUGCGCCCAGUAUUCCUGUUUUGAAGUACUAUAGUGCGGACGGACCGGGGAAGCGGCACGCCAUUCUCAAAGAAUUCUUUCGUAAGAACAGCGGAGAAGGAGUUGUAGUCACGUCCUAUGAGAUAGUAAUGCGCGACAUGAAUGUAAUACUGUCGCACCAGUGGAAAUUCCUGAUUGUGGACGAGGGCCAUAGGCUGAAGAAUAUUAACUGCAAAUUGAUCAGAGAGCUAAAACGCAUUAAUACUUUCAAUCGGCUAUUGCUCACUGGGACCCCUCUGCAGAACAACCUGGCCGAGUUGUGGUCCUUACUGAACUUUAUUCUCCCAGACGUUUUCGCUGACUUUGAGAUCUUCAGUAAAUGGUUUGAUUUCAGUGAUCUUGACUUAAAGACGUCUUCCCAACGCUGGGAUAAGAUUAUUGGCGAGGAACUCGAGAAAAACCUCGUCACGAAUCUACAUACGAUCCUGAAGCCAUUCCUGCUUCGCCGUCUGAAAAGGGUUGUUCUUGCCGAUGCUCUACCCCCGAAGCGAGAAUACAUUAUCAAUUGUCCGCUGACACCACUGCAGACAAGGUUCUAUAAGAUGGCGCUUGCUGGGAAGUUGAAAAGAACAGUUUUUACGCAAGCCAUCAAGGAAUUCUUCACGUUAAAUCGGGAGCAUAUCGGGUCUGUGUCCAAUAAGACGAUACGUGAGUUCAUAGAUUACAAAACGAGCGACGAGGAAAUACAGGCUUCCAAGGUUAUCACGGAUAUGGAGAAGCUAUAUGAACAACACAUUCACAAGGAGCUUCGCAAUAAGCGUCUACAAAACCUCAUGAUGCAGCUACGUCAAAUUGUGGAUUCUACAUUUCUGUUCUACUUCCCUUACCUGAAAGCUGAAGACUUGCAGUUGCCGGUUCUAUUACAGACUUCGGGAAAGUUGCAGAUACUGCAACAGCUUCUACCCCGGCUGCUAGCGGCGAAACACAAGGUGCUAAUAUUCUCCCAGUUUGUCAGCAUGUUGGACCUCAUCGAGGAUUGGUGCGAACUCAACAAUUACAGCGCUUGUCGUAUUGAUGGAUCCAUGGAUAACGAAACACGCAGGGAACAGAUAAACAGCUUUAGCGAGAAGGGCUCACCACAUAGCUUGUUCCUUCUUUCCACACGUGCCGGAGGUCUUGGUAUCAAUCUCACCGCCGCGGAUUCAGUCAUACUUUUCGACAAUGACUGGAACCCGCAGGUAGAUUUGCAGGCAAUGGACCGCUCACACCGCAUUGGCCAGCAACAUCCUGUCAUAGUGUACCGGCUCUACUGUGACAAGACUGUCGAGAGUGUUAUCCUUGCCCGCGCUACUAACAAGCGUAAACUGGAACAGCUUGUUAUUCAGAUGGGAAAGUUCAGCACGCUCAAAAAACUAGCUUUGAAUGAGCAUUCAUUCCUGACGCUGGGGACUCAGACUGCGUCCAACAACAAUGCUCGAGAACUUGUCCAAGAGCUCUCGAAACUUCUGCUAGACUCCGAGUCAACCUUUAGCUUCUCUAGCGCGGGGCCAUUGACGGACGAAGAGCUCGAGGUUCUCACGGACAGAUCAAUACAGGCAUACAAGAUAACUGACACCGAGUAUCCUCACAUCAAGCUUUUCGAGACCUCCUCAGGCUUCGACAACUAG